AUGAAUCUGCAGCAUCUUAAAGUUUUCGGUUGUCAAGCAGUUAUUCACAUUCCAAAAGAAAAGCGGAAGAAACUCGAUGCCAAAGGAAAAGAAGUUAUUUUUAUCAAAUACUGCACACAAUCAAAAUCAUAUCACUUCUAUGAUGUUAAGAAAAAAGAAGUCAUAAUAAGUCAAGACGCAGUUUUCCACGAGCAAAUUUUUCCAAAAGAUGGUAAUACAAACGAUACAUCUUAUUGUGAUAUUUUUACAGGAUAUGAUUCAGUAGGGAAUGAAGACAAAAUUUCAUCACUGAAUUCAAGCAAUGAAAUACCAAUCGAAAUAAGUGACGAAACGAUAAGUGAAAACAGUUUUUUGGAUGCCCAAGAUGAUUUCAUUGUUGAAGAAUCUUCAGAAGGAAUCAUCUUGAAAUCCACCUGA